AUGAAGUGUGUUUUUUGGUAUUUCCUCGUAUUUUUUAUAGCAUCAGCUGAUGCAAACAAAGAUCCUGCGUUAAAGGUAGAAGAUUCGGACGAUCUAGGAGUAGGAACUCGGACCGAAGAGGUUAAAAACAAAACAAGCAUGACAAGUAACACUGCACAUAGGAACAUUUCUUUACACGGACCAGGUUUGAUCAUGUUAUCUGUUGAGAUUAUCAAGAAUGUAAGCCGCACGAACAACGCAACAUCUCGCGAUGGGUCCGAGAUAUUUGUCAUUGAUGGAGACAGUCCGGACGAAAUUUCGCUUUUUCAAUCACCCAAGGCCUCGCCGUAUUUUCCACGUUUUAGCGAAAUCUCGAUGAGAACCUUGUAUCUUAUCGUUUGCAUGUGCUUGGCAAUUCUGCUCCUUAUGAUUGUCAAACUUCUGGUGUCGAGACGAGAACGCAAAAGGGACUAUGAUCUGGUCACUAAAGGAGAGUUUGACGCUUAA